AUAAUGUGUUAAUAAUUAUUGUUGGUGGUGCUGUAAUAAUGGGGAGAAGAAGGUGGGUAGUAUAUAUCAUCUCAUCCAUGAUAUUGAUAGCUUUGUGAUGCUCCUAAUUUUGUUGACAAAUUCCACAACUGACAAUAUUAACCAGAAGGAUUCGAAUGUGGAUGUGAUUUUAAAUUGCUGGUCUCGUGGCUAUACCCAAUCCUUUCGAUGAUUAUUGAUUUUGGAAGCUGUGUCUGUAGGGUCUCUACUUACCUUUCAAACUAACAUGCCAUGCUUUUUAUUUUUGUACAUUUUAUGCUUUUCUUCAUCAUUCUAUAGGCUGGACUUUUGUCGUCAGAGAUACAAAUUCUCUGAAUUAUCGACUUCCAUUCUUUGGCUAGUCAGUUGGGUAACAUUUUACUGCUCGAUUAUUGUUUCGUGUUUUCUACGCAAUCCUGCGUUCAUUACAAAUACAGUAGGACUCGGGUUUCAGGAAUUUCAUUGCCAUUUAUCCAUGGAGAGAUCGGCAGUGAUGAAAACCUUGGCUAAACAGCCGGUUUUUGAUAUGGUUGAACCUCCUCCUCCUCCUUUCAUUUCCUUUCCGCAGAAAACAAUGGCGACCGUUAGAGACGCGUCGUUUUCUUCUUAUGUCAAGCCUCAGAAGCAUGAUAGUCCAGUCGACGAUACUGAAAUAAGCAUCUUCGAUGCGCAGAAAUACUUCAACGAAAGCAACGGUGGCGGUAGCGAUCCGCGAGUUAGCAAGAGAGUUUCGCCCGUAAAUGUUGUUAAUCUCGAAUCAAUCCCGAGAUUUUCCUCUGCUUCAUCUUCGGUAGACGGGUAUGGUCGAAACUACAGAGCUCGUUCGUUCCACGCAACGCCAACAGCUUCAUCAGAAGCUAGCUGGAACAGCCAAACUGGUUUGCUGUCACAUCCACCGGGCGCUAUUGCUGUAUCAAUGCGGAAUCCUGGCGGCGGAGGCAGCGCGGAUGAAAAGAAAAAGGGUUCGUCGAAAUGGCGACUCGGGCGGAAAUGUCCGUGUGCGGGGAAAAAAUCCGUUCAAGUCGAGGAAAAACUAUCGGAACCGAGAACACCGCCUCGAUUAAUUCAAAACAAGUCUAAAGAAAUUCGAAAUGUUCAAAGGAAAUUCUCAAUGUCAUCAGAAACAAGCUCAGCUGCAACAGAUUGGAUCCAAAGACAGGAGAUUAUAAUUCCUAAUUCUCGUCUCAGAAUAUCAGCAGAUAAUAAUAAUAACAUGUUCCCUUCCUCAUCAGCUCUAGGUCAACACCAUCAGCGCGUGAUCGCCUCCUCAGCGGCGCGUGACGGCUUCUCGUUUCCGAUACUCAAUCAAACAUCAUCAUCUCCUCCAGUUAAACUGCUACUCAAUGGUUCAUUGCAAAAACCUUCAGUAAACUUCAUCGAGGAACCGCCGCGAGAUUCGCUCGAGGUAUUUCGGCCGUCGGAUGAUCCGAUUAAGACGACUACGGCGGAUCUUCUUCAUCAACGUCAGAGUUUCACAUUACCGACGAGUCCUAAGUCAAAGAUGACGGUUAUAGAUGAUGACAUGGCAAGCGACGCGAGUUCAGAUCUGUUCGAGAUAGAGAGCUUCUCAACACAAACGACGUCGUAUCAAAUGUACAGCAAUACUCACGGCGGAGGACUGGAUUCAUUAGAUGAAGCCGGCAUAUUCAGCACCACGGGAAGACGCUUAAGCGGCGGCGGUGAAAGGAGCGUGUAUUGCAGGCGAAGUAUAGACGACGAGCCAAUGACGCCGUCAAUAGCGCCAACAGAAUGCUACGAACCGAGCGAAGCGAGUAUAGACUGGAGCGUAACAACGGCGGAAGGAUUCGAGAGAGGAAGCGUGACGAAUUUCUCAGUGACGGCGUCGGAGGCGGAUCAUCAGGAGAUGACGGCGAUGAUGAUGAUGAACACACGCCGCCAUGAGAAUGGAGGAGGGAAGAAGAGGAGUGGCGGAGGAGGAGGAGGAGGGGGGUUGUUGAGCUGUCGGUGUGAGAAGGCGGUGAGUGUGGGGCCGCAUCCAGUGAAAUGUGGGGGCGGAGAGGGGCAAAGAGGAGGAAUGAGGCAUCAGCAUGUGAGUAGUAGGCCAUACUCUGCCGCUAAUAAACCGCCGCUUGCUAAGUCUCACUCUGCCCAUUUGUCUCUGCCUUUUGCUACGUAGGAGUUUGUGACGCUGCUUGCUUCGCCGCCGUUUUCAUUUUUUCUUUUUCCCACUUCAAUUCUUCCUCUCAUUUGUGUUUAAGAGAGGUAUGUAUAAGUUUGUUAGUGCUUUUGGCUUAAAUAUUUUUGUAUAAUCAAUUUAUAAAACCAAUAUAGUUUUUUUAAAUGACAAA